AGGAUGUCGCUGCGGUCAUGGCUCCCAGACAGAUCGCGUAUCAUAGUGCAAUAGCAAAUAACUUAAAAGCAAGGGAAUGCAUGGCCAUUUAUUUGGUUUAUAAAUACGAGGUGUAUUUUUAAAACACACGUCUAUUUAAGUUUUUAGUUUAAAAUCGUAACCCUUUAUCAAAUUUAUGUGCGAACGAGGUAUGGAUGUGAAUGUUGCAGACCGCUGCAGCAUCAAGUCUGCGCCGCAAACAAACACCCCGCAGAAUAACGCAGCAGAUAGUGGAACACAAAAUGCACCAAAGAAGAGGAGAAGAGGCAAAAGAGGGAAGAGACGGAGGGGCAAGAAGGCCAACGAGCCUCCGCCGUUUUUACCACCGGAGGCUGAAGAGGGAAACAUUGAAUACAAGUUGAAGCUAGUGAACCCUACACAGUAUCGAUUUGAGCACUUGGCCACUCAGUUGAAAUGGCGACUUCAAGAGGGCCGCGGGGAGGCGGUGUAUCAGAUUGGGGUUGAGGAUAACGGUCUGCUGGUUGGACUGACAGAGGAAGAUAUGAAAGCAUCACUGAAGACCCUUCGCAGAAUGGCUGAGAAGGUUGGAGCUGAUAUCACACUCCUCAGAGAGAGGGAGGUGGAUUGUGAUCGAGCUAGACGGAAAAUCGCAGAAGUUCUUGUGCGGAAAGUGCCAGAUGACCAGCAGUUCCUGGAUCUGCGUGUGGCUGUUCUGGGUAAUGUGGACUCGGGGAAGUCGACUCUGCUGGGCGUGUUGACUCAGGGCGAGCUGGAUAAUGGGCGAGGCAGGGCGAGACUCAACCUCUUCAGACACCUGCAUGAGAUUCAAACCGGCCGUACGUCCAGCAUCAGUUUCGAGAUCCUCGGCUUCAACAGCAAAGGAGAGGUUGUAAAUUACAGUGAUUCACGUACAGCAGAGGAGAUCUGUGAGAGCUCUUCGAAAAUGAUCACAUUUAUUGAUCUGGCUGGUCAUUAUAAGUACUUGAAGACCACCAUAUUUGGCUUGACAAGCUACUGCCCAGACUUUGCCAUGCUGGUGGUAGGGGCAAACACUGGCAUUGCUGGCACAACAAGGGAGCACCUGGGUUUGGCUAUGGCGCUGAAGGUGCCCAUAUUCAUUGUGGUGAGUAAGGUGGACCUGUGCGGCAAAAGCACUGUGGAAAAAACCGUCCGUCAGCUGGAGAGAGUUCUUAAACAGCCCGGCUGCAAUAAGGUCCCCAUGGUGGUGGCAAACCCUGAUGAUGCUGUCACAGCCGCACAGCAGUUUGCACAAUCCUCCAGUGUGACGCCCAUCUUCACCCUCUCCAGUGUAUCUGGGGAGAAUCUGGACCUUCUAAAGGCCUUUUUCAAUAUUCUGCCUCCUCUGAGCAACAGCAAAGAGCAGGAGGAACUCAUGCAGCAGCUUACGGAGUUCCAGGUAGAUGAGAUUUACAGUGUUCCUGACGUAGGGACAGUAGUUGGUGGAACGCUUUACAGUGGUGUCUGUCGUGAGGGAGACCGUUUGGUAGUGGGCCCUACAGAUGAUGGUAGGUUCUUGAGGUUGAAAGUGUGUAGUAUUCACAGAAAUCGCUCUGGAUGCCGCGUGCUAAGAGCUGGACAGGCUGCCACACUCGCUCUGGGGAACUUUGAUCGCUCAUUACUACGAAAGGGUAUGGUAAUGGUGAGUCCUAAGAUGAACCCUACGAUCUGCUGGCAGUUUGAAGCUGCGAUCGUUCUCCUGUUCCAUGCCAAGACGUUCCGCCGUGGUUUCCAGGUCACGGUGCACGUGGGGAACGUGAGGCAGACUGCAACAGUGGAGUGCCUCCUUGGGAAGGAGGAGCUACGUACAGGAGAGAGAGCCGUAGUGUGCUUCAGAUUCUUAAAGCACCCUGAGUAUUUGCGCAUAGGAGCCAAGCUCCUCUUCAGGGAGGGGGUGACCAAAGGCAUCGGACAUGUGACGCACCUCCUGCCCUCGACCCAGUACCAUGUGCCUGACCAGAACCACAACCAGAACCACAAUUAGAUACUCUAUAAGUCCAAAGAGGACACUCGACUGCAGUCACUUCUUGUCCUUGCCUUGAGUUUUGCAUACCCUAGUUUUAUCGUGUACCUUUCAUUUCCACACUCAGAUUACAGAGAGGCCGUACUACUUUCAUAGAUUUGCCUAUAUUAAUCGCAGAUUUGCCUGUGUGUAAAUGCUCUCGGCUCUUGUGAGGUUUAUCAAUAUAUAUAUAAAUAUAUUAACCUUAAAUCGUUUUGUUCAUGUUUUGGCAAUGUCCAUGUUGACAAAUUGAGAGAUGAAUUUGCGCCAAAAUAGAGAAGAGUUGGAUUGAGGCAGUCUUUUACGUCAACAAUAAAGAUUGAAAACGUUUUCUUCUGAAAAGAUGAUUAGCAAUCCUAAAUAUACAGGACUAUAUGGUAGUUUUAUUUUAUUAUUAUUUAAAUUUAGCCUACUAGUUGAAAACCACUGGAUAAGAGUAUAAUAUACAGAAUGUAAUGGAGCUCAGAAACCUCACACAUGUGCAGGUUUCACAUCUUAAAGCUGUUUGACCUUGAGUAAAGCAUGUGGGAUUUUGCGUCACUAAGCUGUGGUCUUAACUGGGUAUCUAGAGCAGAUUGUUAAACGAACACUUCUUUCUACAGCCUGCAUUAUAGAUAUAAGAACAUAAUCACAGCAUUUAUUUGAUUGAGAAAUUUUCAGUUGGUCAAUUCCGUAAACUUCCUCAGAUUCUUGGUUACCCACGUAGAUUUGUUGCAUACCUCAAGAUUCGUGUUGUAUUUUGUACACACCAUUUUUAUUUUAAUGUGAACAAAAAUGAGGCUGAGAGGUGCAGAAAUACAGUCUAAAAAACAGGGUGACGAUCUUUUUAGCUGAUGAAAUUUUGAAAAUAGUUUUUGCACAAAUUUCAAUGUAAAAAAUGGAAAACAUUUGUUGUAAAAAUUAAGAGAUGCGACCUCAAGAUGACCCCACGAACGAUUUAUACAGAAAUCCGUUGCAUUGUGACAAUUUAUGCAAGAAUGGUUUAACAAACUAUUUACACUAAUACGUUGCAAUUGCGUCAAUUUACGUAAAAAUAGUUUUACGAACCAUUUACCUGAAAGUGUUGCAUUGUGACAAUUAAAUCAAGAAUGGUUUUAGUAUGAUUCACGCAGAAAUGUGUUGCAUUGCGACACUUUACGUAAAAACGUUUUACGAACAAUUUACACAUUUGUUCUUCUUGUUUUCAGAAUUUGACCCAUUGAAAAAACUGAAUUUCUAUCCCUCACAGAUUUGCUGACGUUUGUGAAAUUUCAAUUAGUUUCUGUGCGUUUGUUGGAGUGAAUAAUUAUCACCCCGUCUUCACAACAAAAUAAUUUACAGGACAUUCUUGGAGCUCUAGGGUUUAAGGAUCAAUACAUUUAUAAAAAUUUCAGACUGGAUUGCAUUGUGCCUAUUUAAAAAUGUGUUUUCGGUGAUUGUGCAUAUUGCGCACUUGUUUGGAAGCAAGGUUUGGUUGAUUUUAGAUGGUUUACAGGAUUCGACUGAAAACAUAUGGCAGCUUUUUGUGAUCGGUUUCAGUCUUGUGAUCCUACGCAUGCGCAGAAAUUCAGAUAACCGUUGUGUUGUGCAUUGUAGUUUCAUCCGUGCGUUCAUAUUUGAGAUAUUGUGCAAUUCUAAAAAACAUUGAAUGUACUGAUUGUGAAUCUAAAUGUAUGGUUUUGAAGUUACUGAACUAAUAACAUGACUGCUAAUAUAGUAUUCUUCAGCAGUAUCUGUACACGUGCCUCAUUUAUCAAGCGCGAGCAGAAAAAACACAUUGGUCCCUCAAUUUAUGUCAUAAAGGUUUCACAAACUAUUUACACACAAAUGAAUUCUGCUCGUGUUUCAUGAACGAGUUCCACUCUUUUAAAUCUCGUCAGUACAGCUUCUGGUCAACAGUGCAUGUUGUGAUUUAAUAAAUAAUCAUUAAUAUUGUCUGAAGUGCAGCUGGUUGGCUUGACUGCAUUUUGGAUGUUCAUGUAUCUUCUAAAAAGGCGUCACUGAAGCCUGCAAACAGGACUAGAUAUCUAUUGCUUUGCUAUUAGUU